AUGGCAAAAACAACAGCGAUAGCCAACCAUGGCAAAUACAACAACGAUAGCCUACACCAUGGCAAAUACAACAACGAUAGCCUACACCAUGGCAAAUACAACAACGAUAGACUAAACCAUGGCAAAUACAACAACGAUAGCCUAAACCAUGGCAAAUACAACAACGAUAGCCUAAACCAUGGUAAACCAAACAACAAUAGCCUUAACCAUGGUAAACCAAACAACGAUAGUCUAAGCCAUGGUAAACCCAACAACGAUAGCCUAAACCCUAGUAAACCACACAACGAUAGUCUAAGACAUGAGACGGACACUGGACAGAACACAACAUCACAGACGGACACUAGACAGAACACGGCAUCACAGACGUACACUAGACAGAACACGAAACCAGAGACGGACACUAGAUGGAACACAACAUCACAGACGGACACUAGACAGAACACGAAACUACAGGCGGACACUAGACAGAACACGAUACCACAGAAGGACACUAGACAGAACACGAAACCACAGACGGAUACUAGACAGAACCCGAUACCACAGAAGGACACUAGACAGAACACGAAACCACAGACGGACACUAGACAGAACCCGACACCACAGAAGGACACUAGACAGAACACGACACCACAGACCGACACUAGACAGAACACAACACCACAGACGGACACCACACAUAACACGACAUCACAGCCGGACACUACACAGAAUACAACAUCACAGACAGAUAUUACACAGAACAUGACACUACAGACGGACACUAGACAGAACAUGACAGCACAAACGGACACUAGACAGAACACGACACCACAGCCGGACAUUACACAGAACGCGACACCACAGACGGACACCAAACAGAACACGACAUCAGAGACGGACACUAGACAGAACACGACACCACAGACGGACACUACACAGAAAACGACACCACAGACCGACACUAGACAGAACAAGACAUCACAGCCGGACACCAAACAGAACACGACACCACAGACGGACACUUCACAGAAUACAACAUCAGAGACCGACACUACACAAAACACGACACCACAGACGGACACUAGACAUAACACGACAUCAGAGAUGGACACUAGACAGAACACGACACCACAGACGGACACUACACAGAACACGACACCACAGACCGACACCAGACAGAACACAACACCACAAACGGACACCAAACAGAACACGACACCACAGACGGACACCAAACAGAACACGACACAGAACACGACACCACAGACGGACACUAGACAGAACACGACACCACAGACGGACACUAGACAGAACACGACACCACAGACCGACACUAGACAGAACACAACACCACAAACGGACACCAAACAGAACACGACACCACAGACGGACACUACACAGAAUACAACAUCACAGACUGACACUACACAGAACACAACAUCACAAACGGACACCAAACAGAACACGACACCACAGACGGACACUACACAGAACACGACACCACAGACCGACACUAGACAGAACACAACACCACAAACGGACACCAAACAGAACACGACACCACAGACGGACACUACACAGAAUACAACAUCACAGACUGACACUACACAGAACACAACAUCACAAACGGACACCAAACAGAACACGACACCACAGACGGACACUACACAGAACACGACACCACAGACGGACAAAAGACAGAAUACAACAUCACAGACGGACACUACACAUAACACGACACCACAGACGGACACUACACAGAAUAUAACAUCACAGACGGACACUACACAGAAUACAACAUCACAGACGGACACUAGACAGAACACACAUCACAGACGAACAUAA